UUUAUUCUCCCUGUAACAGGUCCAAGGAUAUUAACUUGAAAGUAAGAUGUCUUUAAAUUCAUCUGUGAUUUCAGAAGAAGACCAAAAGAGCCACCAGGGAAUAAAAAUAAAUUUUGAAGGCCUGAAUAGUUUAGAUUCACAGACUACGUCGAUGUUGCAGGAAACACCACUUGAAAACCUGCAUCUAGCGCCUCAGACUGUUCUUGAAAGAGCCCCAAAACAAGGGAGAUCAAAAUGUCCCAGAUGUAAUAGUUCAAGGAUGUUCUAUUGUUACACAUGCUACGUUCCAGUUGAAACUGUUCCCACCGGAGAAAUUCCUGUUGUGAAGCUUCCAUUGAAAAUUGACAUCAUUAAGCAUCCCAACGAAACGGAUGGCAAAAGCACAGCUGUACAUGCCAAGCUCCUGGCGCCCGAAGAAGUUACCAUCUACACAUACCCUUGUAUUCCAGACUACGAAGGAAUGAGAGACGAAAUUGCACUUAUCUUUCCUGGGCCUAAUUCAGUUUCAAUUAAUGACAUUCCCCUCUGUUUGCAAAACAAAUCUAAGAAGAAGGUUGACUGUGAUGAGGACUCAUCAGCAGAACCAGUCCUCAAAUGUGCGAAAAUAGAGUCAGACAGUGAAAGCGACUUGGGCAAACACCAGUUUCGCAGCAUGAGCGAAAAUGCUCCGUUGAAGAAAAUUGUGUUUAUUGAUAGCACCUGGAAUCAAACGAACAAAAUAAUCACAGAUGAGCGGCUCCAAGGAUUGCUGCAAAUUGAACUGAAGUCGCGGAAAACCUGCUUUUGGCGUCAUCAGAAAGGAAAGCCAGAGACGUACCUGUCUACCAUCGAAGCAAUUUAUUAUUUCCUAGUCGACUAUCAUAAGGAAUUCUUGAAAGAAAAAUAUGAAGGACAGUAUGACAACCUCCUUUUCUUCUUCUCGUUUAUGUACAAAUUGAUAAAAAAUGCCAAGUCAGCAGGAAAAGACUAAGGCAAUAUGUUUUUCGUGUGAAUAACAAAAAACCACCCCCCUAAAAUAUUCCUUAUGACCCUUUGUACUUUAUUCUUUUAAACUUAUUAGUAACAAUUGAAUUAAAUAAAUUGCACAGUUGGCUAGAG